AUGGUCGCCGCUUCAGAGAACGAUAUUGUUGAUAUCUCUACCAUAACAACAACCACCAUCAAUAUAUCCAGAAGCACCAGAUCAUGCCAUUACACCUCAAACCAUCUUCUCUUUCUUCAUCUAACAGAGCAGAAGGAAGAAGGAGAUGGCGAACAUAAAAGGGUAAGAGCAAGGGAAGGAAAGCUUAAUCUGGGUUGUGGAGAAGGAGAAGGGAAUCUGCUUGAAGGGCAAGACAUCCAUAUACAUUUCCCAGCAGGAGCAGUUCAAAAGAUGCUUCAUCUUUUACACUCUCUUGCUUUUAGUUAUGCUCUACCUUCGGGCAAGGCUAAAGCUGUAGCACAUGAUACUUUGAUCAUUUGGUGCUCUCUUGCUUCCAGAUUGGGCCAUUGGGCUUUAAAAGCUGAACUUGAAGACCUCUGUUUUGCUGUUCUUCAGCCUCAGAUCUUCCAGCAAAUGCGAUCUGACCUGGCCUCCUUGUGGACACCCAGCAGCAGCAGUAGCAGGGUAGGCAACCUAAGAAGACUAUCAGCCAAAAGUAGCUCAAAUCCUGAGUAUGAAGCAUCAACAGAAGAUGUCGUAGUCAGCAUGAAGGCUGUUAUUCCAUUUGAUCUCCUGCUUGAUCGAAGAAAACGUAUUAAAUAUAUUCAAGAUCUCGGGUCAUGCUCAGAGGUCCAAACAAAACCAAAAGUCGUGAAGGAUGCUGGGAUUGCCCUAGCAUCUCUGGUCGUUUGUGAGGAAGAACUAGAACGUGAGUUGUUUAUAUCAACCUCCUAUGUUCCUGGAAUGGAGGUAACCUUAUCUAGCCGCCUUAAAAGUUUGUACAACAUCUAUAGUAAGGCAUCAACAAAGAUUUUGGCACGCCAAUUGGUGAGGCUUAGACAACAAAUAGCCAACCUACAAAGUAGUCGGGCUCAAAUGAGGGGCAUAACAACACAUACACAGGCAUUAGCUGCACACUCUUUUGUGGCUGUUGGGAUGAAAGGUGCUACCAAGGCAAUGGCAGCAAUGAAUAAGUCCUCCUUGCAGAUUUCUGUAAACCCUAGAGGAAUUCUGUCACCACUUCCUUCACAAUCCUUCUACGAUUUCCAAAAUCGUUAUCCUUCUGAUUCAAAAGACACUGACAUGGAUCUUCCAAGUCUAGUUGUAGAGAUAUCAUCGACAGGUUCCGGAGGGAUUCUCGGUGUACACCUCCUGCCUUUGGAAUCUGAACUUGACGUCAUCAUCGACAACCACAGCUUCAAUAGAUAUAUCAAAGGUACCGUUCUCUUAAGCGGUGGCCAUGAAGACGAAGACCUAGGGCUUUUUCUUGCUAAUUGGAAUAGGCGGGGGGUUUAA